AUGUCGGAAAAUCGUAAAUCUAAGAAGAGAAAGAUAAAAGAAUUAUUGCAGGAUCUUUUGGAAAACUCAAGCGUCUCGGAGAUUUCUGACGGGCCCCAACCUAGUGACGACGAGGACCCCGAAAUGAUCUGUCCCAUUGCCGACCUUUCAAAAGCGAAUCGGGUGCAACCUCCUAAUGGUUUAUUGGUCCUGCUAGAAAAGAAAACAUCGGACAAUUUAGGGCCAGAGGUGCAUUCCGAUAUUUUAGACUUGCUAUCAGUUUUCUUGUCAAAGGGCUUGGAUGUAGAUGGACGAAAAACUACCCUGGAACAAUAUCCUAUUUUAAAAGGUUGUGAGGCUCUGAAACCACCAGAGAUAAAUCCUGAAAUUAAAUCUUGUUUAACACAGGCAGUAUUGAGGCACGAUAUGUGUCUAUCAAAACUUCAGGGUCAAUUAGCAGUAGCUAUAAGUGCCUCAGCUGUUCCUUUAAACACCAUUUAUGAAGAACGUAAGAAAUCCGACACGCCACCAUCUACUCACGAGGAGUUGGAAAAAUUCGGGGAUCCAAUGAAGCUUGUGGCCGACGCUUUCUAUUCUCUCUCAAAGCAUAGACGCUGUUUAAUUGUUCCAUGUUUAGAUGACUCCGUUAAGGAUAUAUUGGAGACGUGCCCUAUAGAUUCUUUCCUUUUUGGACAGAAUUUCACAGAAAAACUAAAAUGUUCUUCUGAAGCAAAUAAGUUUGGCACGUCUAUUAAAAAGAAACCUAAGAUUCUACGUACAGUGACCACAGCGUCCACUUCGUCUCGUCUCCCUUCAUCAUCCAAACAGAUUGCCGGAUCUUCAAGACGAGGUUCACAGUUUUUUCACUAUCGCCAAGGAAUCAGGAUAAUCCCCAAGUCCGAGGAUGAUUACCGCAGGAUUAUUCGUCUCUUCGGGGAGGAAGAGGUGCCCCACCACACUUUCCCUCUACGCUCGGAGAGGAACAUUCAUGCUGUAAUCAGAGGAGUACCUGCGACACUUUCGGAAACGGAGAUCAAUGAAGAGUUGCAACAGAGGGGAUAUGCCCCCCUGCACAUAAUUCGCCUGAAGCGCGGUGGCGGCGUGCCCAUGCCUUUGGUGGUAGUCAUACUGCCCACGUUAGAAAAAUCUCAGCAGCUGUUCAACGAACAUGAGCUGCUAGGCUUGGCUAUCCGAGUCGAAGUUCAAAAGAACUCAAGACUCAUCAUGCAGUGGAUACUUCAAAGAGAUUACUUAUGCUCCAGCGAGUACGUCUCUUCAAGAUUUGCGCCAGAAAAUGAGGGCAGCAAUAACAGCAAUUAG